UCCAUGGAGAUCACUCGCCAUUAUUUCUGCUUAUCCAUCUUCUUCUUGCACUCUCUAAUGGUUUGCUCAACCAUUAAUGCCCAUACCAACAUUACCACCGACAAACAUGCCCUUCUUUCACUAAAAUCAAAAAUUUCUUUUGAUCCUCAUAGUGUUUUAGCUAACAAUUGGUCUGUUAACAGCAUGACUCCGUGUACCUGGAUUGGAGUCACUUGCAACUCUCGUCACAAUAGAGUGGCUGCUUUGGAUCUUUCCAACAUGGGUCUUGUUGGUGAAUUAACUCCCGACUUAGGAAACCUUUCUUUCCUUGUUUCACUUAACUUGAGCCAAAACAAUUUUCAUAAUUCCUUUCCUCGAGAGCUUUCUCAAUUGCGACGCCUCAAAAUUCUUCAGUGUAGCAUCAAUGACUUUAGUGGGAAUAUUCCAUCUUUGAUCGGUCUCUUAUCAAACCUUAGAUUUUUGUAUUUGGGGAAUAAUGACAUUAGUGGUUUUCUUCCCAUGUCCCUUUUUAAUCUUUCAAAACUUGAGGUCUUACAUUUAGGAGUUAAUUCUGUUGAAGGUAGUAUUCCUAGAGAAAUAGGCAAUCUUCCCCAACUAAAGUGGUUAAAUUUGAGCCAUAAUCAUCUUAGUGGAUCUUUUCCUUUGGGCAUCUUAAAUUUGUCUAAGUUAGAAACUCUAUCUCUUUCAGCUAAUAGCUUAUUUGGUGAACUUCCCUUUAAUCUUGGGAAUCAUCUUCCUAAACUUCAAACAUUGAACAUGUCUUCUAACAAAUUUAAUGGUCAGAUCCCAUCAAGUUUGUCUGAAUGUUCAUUGCUUCAAACUAUAUCUCUACCUUACAAUAAUUUUAGUGGGCCUAUACCAAGAGAAUUUGAAAACUUAACAAAGCUUGAGUCGUUAAAUCUUCGUAGCAAUCAGUUAACAGGUGCUAUUCCAAGCGAGAUAGGGGCUUUGUCAUACUUGGGCGAACUUCUUUUAUCUAACAACAAACUUCAUGGUGCCCUACCAAAGGAAAUUGGGAACUUAACUGCACUCAAGAUGCUAUUUUUUGAUGCCAACAACUUAGAAGGUGUAAUUCCAAAAGAGUUGGGAAAACUUCAUAUGUUGGAGGAAGUAUCCGUACAAUUCGCUAACUUAAGUGGGUCCAUACCUAAGGAAGUCUUCAACAUUUCUUCUUUAAAAAUAAUUUCAUUUGCAUACAAUAACCUUGUGGGGGUAGUUCCUUCAAGCAUGGGGCAUGCUCUAUUGAACUUAGAAGGACUCUAUCUUGAUGAAAAUUAUCUCAAUGGAGUGAUACCAGACUCUAUCUCAAAUUGUUCAAAACUUAUUAUUUUAGAUCUUGGCGCAAACCAUUUCAGCGGCACAUUACCUGCAUCUCUUGGUAAUCUAAGGCUCUUAACAACUCUAAAUUUAAGUUUAAACAUGCUCAUAAAUGAUGUUGCAUCUCUAGAGUUAAGUAUUAUCAACUCUUUGGUAAAUUGUAAUUACUUGGAGUACGUAUACUUAGAUGAAAACCCUCUAGAUGCUAUCCUUCCGUCAUCAAUUGGGAAUCUUUCUUCAUACCUUCAAGUUCUGACUAUGUUGAGAUGUGGGUUAAAGGGAAUCAUACCAAAUGAACUUGGAAACUUAAGCAGCUUGAUUGCCUUGGAUCUGGAUAGCAAUAAUUUGGUCGGGUUUAUUCCACCAAUGCUAAGAGGGGUUAGUAAGCUCCAAGAAUUGGAUCUCAGUAAUAACAAACUCAGUGGUUCCAUUCCUAAUAGCCUUUGUGAUCUUCACUAUCUGUAUGAUUUACAGUUGAGUAACAAUCAGCUGUGCGGGAAUUUGUUGAAAUGCUUUGGUAAUACCACUUCUCUAAGAAAAAUGUAUUUAGAUUCAAACCGUUUGACUUCUAGAAUACCUUUAAGUUUGUGGCAUCUCAAAGACUUGUUAGAGCUUGAUUUGAGUUCAAAUUUUUUAGAUGGAUUUAUAACCAAUGGUAUUGAAGGUUUGAAGACACUCUCACUUCUAAACAUGUCCCACAAUCAAAUAUCAGGAAAUAUCCCCGCCACUAUUGGGCAAUUGCAAAAUUUGAUUUCUCUUUCCCUUGAAGGGAAUAAACUAGAAGGAUCUAUUCCAGAGCAAAUAAGUCAAAUUGUUUCUUUGGAAUCCUUAGAUUUAUCACUAAACAAACUCUCUGGUUCAAUUCCUGUAUCUUUGGAAAGACUUUCAUAUCUUAAAUACUUCAAUGUAUCAUUCAAUGAAUUGAGUGGUGAAAUUCCAUCAGCCGGUUGUUUCAAAAACUUCUCGAGUGCAUCAUUCAUGUUUAACAAGGAGUUAUGUGGAAAUCCUAGGUUUCACGUACCAUUUUGUCAUUCUACCCACCAUUCGAGGCUUAAAAUAAAACUCCUUAUUACUCUUGCAGUCCUUGGAGCUUCAUUGGUAAUUACUUUUGUAAUUAUUGCAUUUGUCCUUACAAAGCGAAAAAGGAAAUUUAGAGUCCCAAGUAUGAUAGAUAUUGGCUUUCCAUGGGAUAAAUUAAGGAUUUCUUAUAAUGAGCUUUUAAGGGCUACUUCUUGCUUUAGCCAAAACAAUCUCAUUGGUUCAGGGAGUUUUAGCUCUGUGUAUAAAGGGACUUUGGAUGACGGGAUGCUUAUAGCAGUGAAGGUAUUUAAUCAAUCAGAAGAUGCACUUGACAGUUUUAAUGUUGAGAUUGAAGUGCUAAAGAAUUUACGCCAUCGAAAUCUCACUAAGGUUAUUACAGGAUGUUUUGCUGAAGAGUUUAAGGCCUUGGUCCUUGAGUACAUGCUAAAUGAAAGCCUUGACCAAUGGCUACAUUCACAAAGAAACUUCUUGGAUAUGGUUCAGAGGUUGAAUAUAAUGAUUGAUGUUGCAUGUGGUUUGGACUAUCUUCAUAAUGGUUACACAAUGCCGGUGGUUCAUUGUGAUUUAAAGCCUGCAAAUGUGCUAUUAGAUGAAGAAAUGGUAGCCCAUGUGUGUGAUUUUAGUGUGACAAAGUUGUUAACUAAGGAGGAGAGCUUCAAGCAUACCGAAACUCUUGCAACACUAGGCUAUAUGGCACCAGAGUAUGGAUCCACAGGAAUGAUAUCAACACAAUGUGACAUUUAUAGUUUUGGAAUUGUGCUAAUGGAAACAUUUUCAGCAAGAAGGCCUUCAGAUGAAACAUUUGGCGAAGAUAUGAACUUGAAAAGUUGGAUAAAUGAUUCUUUACCCCAUCAUGUACUUCAAGUUGUAGAUCCCAACUUACUAAAGGCAGAAGAUGAAGACUUCAAUGCGAAAUUGCAGUGUAUAUCCUCCAUAUUAGAAUUGGCUUUGCAUUGUGCAGUGGAAUCUCCCCAAGAGCGAUUAAAUGCGGAAGAUGUUGGAGUAAGAAUGAAUAAAAUCAAACUUCAAUUUCUAAGAAGUGUUGGGACCUGAUAAAAUUAGAAGGAAAUAGCUGAAGCUUACCAUGGAAAGAGAAUCAAGGAUGCAGUUGUCACCGUUAUAUUCCAGCAUACUUCAAUGAUGCUCAGAGGUAAUUAAGCUACUAAGGAUGCAAUUCUUGAAGAGAUUGAAUCUCUUUAUGAUGGUAAUGACUUGUCAGAACCACUUACUCGGGCUCGUUUUGAGGAGUUGAACAACGAUUUGUUUAGAAAGACUAUGGGGCCUGUUAAGAAGGCUAUGGAGGAUGCUGGGUUACAGAAAAACCAGAUUGAUGAAAUUGUCCUGGUUGGUGGAAGUACUAGGAUUCCAAAAGUUCAACAACUUUUGAAGGAUUACUUUGAUGGUAAGGAACCAAACAAGGGUGUUAACCCUGAUGAGGCUGUUGCUAAGUUGGAAUCUUGAGUGGGGAAGGAGGUGAUGAAAUCAGAGGUCUUUGAAGGUGAAAGGAGUCUCACAAAGGACAACAGCUUGCUUGGAAAAUUUGAUCUAACUGCAAUAGCUAUUGUGCAUUGUGCACUUCCCUCAGAGGAACACCUGAAUUUGAAGUUACAUUUGAGGUUGAUGCUAACGGCAUCCUGAACGUUAAAGCCGAAGACAAGGCCUCUGGGCGAUCUGAUCGAGAAGAUUGCCAUCACUAACGAUAAAGGCCGUUUGAGCCAAGAAGAAAUUAAGCAGAUGGUGUUACAGUAAUUUUAUUAACAUGUUAGCUUUGAAUCAGCGGAUGAGUUUUCUUCUCUUAGUGUUUGUUGGAGGAAAAAUGAUUGGAGUAGUAAGCUUAAACAAUGAUAGAAUUGAAGUUUUGCAUCUGCAUUCCUUGUUUGUUGAACCUAAUCAGCAUAUUUAAUUUAAUUAUUACUGAUUUUAUGCAAUAAUUUGGCAAUAUAAUGUAUCUCUUGUCAGGGAGCUUAUUUGCGUUUUCAAGCCGCUUCCAACCCUGAGAGGAUCAUUUUUUAUGUAAAGAGGCUAGCUUAUUAGAAGAAAGUUUGAAGACAAAGAAGUUCAAAAGGACAUGAAAUUUGUUACUUACAAAAUUGUUAACAAGGAUGGAAAACCAUAUAUACAAGUGAAGAUCAAAGAUGGUGAAACAAAUAAAGGUUUUCAGCCCUGAGGAGAUUAGUGCCAUCAUUCUUACUAAGAUGAAGGAAAGCUUACCUUGGAAAGACAAUCAAGGAUGCAGUUGUCACCGUUCUAGGUAAAAUUGAGUAAUGCUAUGGUUGAGAAACAAAUUGAUGUCAGUAUCUUAACUAUUGAUAAUGGCGUGUUUGAGGUUCUUUCCACCAAUGGAGAUACUCACCCUGAAUUGGAGGUGAAGAUUUUGAUCAGAGAAUCAUGGAGUAUUUCAUUAAAUUGAUCAAGAAGAAGCGCCUUUUUGGGAAGGACAUGAGCAAGGACAACAGGGCUCUUGGGAAACUCAGGAGGGGAAGUGAGCGAGGAAAGAGAGCUCUGAGCAGCCAGCAUCAAGUUGGUACGUGUAGAGAUUGAAUCUCUUUUUGACUUCUCAUUCAGAACCGCUUACUCUGGGCUCGUUUUGAGGAGUUGAACAAUGAUUUAUUUAAAAAGAGUAUGGGGCCUGUUAAGAAGCUAGGCUAUGGAGGAUCCUGGGUUAGAUAAAAACCAGAUUGAUGAAUUAAAUUGCUUGGAAAAUUUGAUCUAACUGGCCAGGAACAAUCAUAAGCUAGCCCUGUGUAUCAGAUAAAAACAAGACUUUGGGGUUUGAUUGUGAAAGUUAUUUAAUUAAUAGUAAUAAAUAUGCAAGAAUAA